AACUUCAGUUAAAUUCGAACUGCCGAUCGUGUUUUGUGCCGUUUCGCGUGCGAGUUCGUCCUGUUAACCAAUCAGCUCCAGCGUGUUUUCCUCGCGUAAAGCGAUUCCGUUUUCGCAACAACUGUGAAUUCCGUGAUCCACUCAAGAUGGGGUGCGGAAUGGGUGUAGUUAAAUACUUGCUCUUCAUAUUCAACUUCAUCUUCGUGUUAUGCGGUCUGGCUAUCCUGAUCCUGGGUGUCUUGGUGCAACUGACAAAGACCAAUUAUGGCAAAGGGAUAGAGGAUGCCAUUAAUACCCUUAGCUUCCCAGUGGUUACAUUAAUUGUCAUCGGCAGUAUCAUUUUCGUCAUCGCUUUCUUCGGAUGCUGCGGUGCGAUUCGCGAGAGUCACUGCAUGAUCGUCACGUUCGCAUCUUUGCUUCUGACGAUCCUGAUCAUACAAGUGGCUGUUGCGAUCUACGCGUUCGUUAAUCUGAACAAAACCGAAGAGUUUCACUUGAAAGAGGCGUACACGGAGAAUGUCUUCAACCAAUAUAAGACUGAUAAUGAUUCAAGGGAACUUGUAGAUGUGAUACAGAGAGAGUUUGAGUGUUGCGGCGUCGAUUCUUACAAAGAUUUCUCGAAUAUUCUUGGCCUGCGUGUACCAGGCAGUUGUUGUGACAGAAAAGACACAGAGUCCUGCGAUCAGAUUAACGUUCGAGAUAAACCAGGUUGCGGAGGAAUUCUGGAAGACCUCUUUAAAUCUGCAUGUGCGAUAUUAGGUGGUAUUGCUCUGGGCAUCGCUGCUGUUGAGCUAAUUGGCAUCAUCUUUGCGUUAUGUCUGGCGAAUUCCAUAAAGAACGCUGAACGCAGAGGUUACAGUGUGUAGAUGCAGAACAUCGCGGAAAACAUUUGCUUCGUACGAGAAGCUUUCAACACAAUCUUAUUGUCAUUCUACUAUCGGCAAUGUAUUCGCCUAUAAGAUGUGAUAAACGUGUACGUACGCUUUACAACAGAAAAAAUCAAAAUCAUUUUUUUUCCAAGCUGAAUACAGCAAAACUUCUUUAAAUUUUUUUCUUAAUUUGCGUCGUGAUUAAAAAAAAUGAAUAUUUUCAUUAAAGACGCAUUUUUGGUUUUCGAUGGAGACAUUAAUUAUUUAUGAAAAACUUACCGUAAAGUUUGAUGCACAAAUGUAUUUGAUUGGCAGGCGAAUGUUACAAAAAUCGUUGCGGUCUCAUUAUUGGACCAUGUUCCUUUUUUUUUUUGUGAAACGAUUUCUUUUUUAUAUGACAACAUAUGAAAAUAUAUUAUAUUCUCUUUUUUAUAUGAUAUGGUAUCGCUUUGAUUUACACACAUUUAUACUUAUUCUCGAUAAAAAUUAAAAAAAUUAAAAAAAAAAAGUUAUUACAUAAUUCUUUAACAGUCGUUUCGUACGAUUGUUGGUUCACGAACAAAACUGAUUGAAGUAUCCGGGGAGGGGAAAAGCAGACGAAUUAUAGUAUUUUACAAAGUUAACGUUAAAAAGAUAUUUUCAUAUAUGAACUACACAAUCGUACCUGCAGAGAUCAGUUAACGUCACUGUUAAAAACACGAAACUUUCAUAUAUAUCUUUAUAUAAAAUUCACUUUGUUUGUACAGCACACAAGUAUCUAUAUACAUAUACAUAUAUAUAUAUAUAUUUGUGUUUUGUAACAAAAGCUACUUUAUGUAUUUGUAAGAGUAUCUUUCGCGUUUGUACAGUAUUUUUGCUUAAGCGCGAUGAUAAAGCAUACAAAAAGCUGGGUAUGGCAAUGAAAGUAUGUGAAACUAUCGAAACAACAUUGUGAUUUUAUUUAUCAUCAUUUAUUCUCAUAGCUAUUAAAUGAUAUAGCUGAAUUGUUAUAUCCUGUCAUGUGUUUCAUCAUCUAACUAUUCUCGUCGACAUAAUGCAUGCGUUGAUUUACUAUCGGCACAAAACUGUAUACCCAGCUCUGUACAUUCGUUGAAUAAACGUAAACAAUAGUAAUCGGUUC